UUGAGAGAAAACGGGCGAAGAUUCGUUUUGAAACCGGCAAAAACAUUUUGCAUUAUUGAGAAACGGGUUUUUAACAUGAAAUAGAUACAUGAAUACAGAUAACGUACAUAUGUAUGUAUGUGCAAUGUUCAUAUAUAUAUAUGCCUGUACAUGUGUAGAAUGAAUUGCAAUACGAUUAGCAACUGUUGCAUGUGCCACAUUUGAUGAUUCAUUAUAAAUUUCUGUGACUGACUCGCAUUUCAAAGUGCAUUCGAAGUAAAUGCUUCUUCGCGAUAAAUCGCUGUGUGCCCUGUGGGCUUUGCUGUUAUCGAUAACAUUUGUUAAUCGAUCAUCGGCCUUUGGGGUGUCUCGUGGGGAGAGAAGUCGACGUCAUGCGGGUCCCACACUGGACACCGACGAUUACUAUAGCUACGAGGGCAUGUUGGAGUAUUUGGAUGACCUGACCAAGGCCUACAGUCAGCGUCUAAAGUUAUCCGACGUGGGAACAACAUAUGAGAAUCGCACACUAAAAACAAUCACCAUAACAAAUGGUGAUGGACGCAAAGGGAAGAAAGCCAUUUUCUUGGUGGCCGCGGAACAUGCGCGGGAAUGGUUGACCCCAGUGGCAGCCUUGUAUGCCGUGGAGCAGCUGGUGGUCAACUUCGAGGAGAAUGCACACUUGCUGAAAGAUUACGAUUGGAUUAUAAUGCCCAUGGUUAAUCCCGAUGGUUAUAUGUAUUCCCGCAGCACAAAUAAAAUGUGGCGCAACAAUCGUUCCCCAAAUGGGAAUAAUUGUUUUGGUACGAAUAUCAAUCGCAACUACGACAUUGACUGGGGAAAAGGAUAUCCGGAAAUAAAAGAUCCUUGUCGCGAGCACUACGCCGGCAGUAAGCCCUUCUCAGAGCCAGAAUCCCGAGCAGUUCGAGAUGUUAUGCUGGAGUUAGUGAAUGCUGGAAAGGGCGUUAUGUAUCUGAGUCUACACUCACGACACAAAAGCGUCUUUUACCCUUGGGUUUAUCAGAGUACCCCUGCUGAAAAUGUUAAGCAAUUGCAAGAGAUUGCGAAAAUUGGCGCUGAGGCUAUGGAAAAUGCCAGCGGAGUAAUGUACACCCAUGAGCAGUAUGGCAUUGAGAAUAGUACUUUUGGUGGUUCCAGUCUGGAUUAUGCCUAUUCCAUUGGUUUCCCUCUUUCCUUCGCCCUAGAACUAAGCGGGGAGCGUGGAGGUAUUUCUUUUGACUUUUGGCCACCUACAAAUUUACUUAAAGAUCUGGCCGAUGAUACAUGGAAGGGCAUUCAAGCCAUGGCCGAAAAGGCCAUUGAAUACUACCCAAUGAAUUCCACAAUUCUAAAUCAUUCGUCUGCCGCUAGUCGUAGUUUUUCUUUUAGAUUAAAAACAAUUUUAAAAACUAUAUUGUUAUUUGGUAUAAUAACAAUUUUCUCCACAUAAGCUAGAAUUGGUAAGGAACUUUCAAUUUAAUGUUAAAUAAUGUGUGCCGAAAAAUCAAAUUUCGGUUUACGAUUAUUAUAUGUCGGCAGAAUUUAAAAUGUACAUUAAAGUUAGGAAUAUAAAGAUAAAUAUUAUAGCAUAAUGAAUGUUUUAGGCAAAUUUGUAGACUGAAAAAUAUUUAUAUAUACUCGCUAAGCUAUUUUUUUAAAUUUCUACCAAUUGGAUUACAAGGAUAGAAAGUAUUGUAAGAAAUUUAGAUUUAUUUAGUCAAUUUACAAGUAGUUUGAAAAGGAGCUAUGCCAAAAAUCAUGAAACACAUAUUUCAACCGGAAAUUCUCCGUGUGUGAAAAUAAGUCAUAUGUAUGUAUUUCCAUUGUAACCACAUUUAAUAGUGUUUCUACCAAAAAUUUAUGUAUACUUGAGGGAAAGCGUGUCAUUUAAGGCUGCUUUGACGAAUAUUUAUUAAUAACUUUGAAAUCACUGAAUAAAACUUUUUGAGAUGAUGAGAUGAUCUAGAAUUAUUGUAUGAAUACGAGUAUUUGCAAAUGAUUUAUUUAUUUACCAGUGAAAUAAAUUUAAUGUUCUUA